GAGCGCAAAAGAAGAAAAAAAGCAACGAAAAAGAAAAGAAAAAACGGAGAGCAAAAAAGCAAAGAGGAGGAGAGAAGACGAGAAGAAGAGACGAGGGAAAAAAAGGUGGACUGAAGAAAGGGAAGGUGAGGGAGGAAGGCAAAACGGCCUGGGAUGAGGUGCUGCGACUUGCGGAUUAUAUGGGCAGGGUUCUUUCUGCCCGGCGCAACCUCCGGUUCUCCCAUUCCUCCUUGCUAUAAUUACACCAAAGGGCCCAUCACACGCACGAACUGCGGCAAGUCGAAUGUUGACCUGAACAACGGUGAUGGGCUGGCCUCCUUGUCCUGGGAUAGAUAACACGACGUCCGCCUCAGACGAUGAAGCACAAAAUCUAAGAAUCCACCCGUUCGCAAAAAGUACGCUGGAAAAACUAUAAGGGCUCGAAGAUAGACCAGAAACAAAACAACGCACACAGGGCAGCACUGUCACGGAAGCAGAAUAAGAAGAAGAAGAAGAAGCAAGAGAGACGCAGAGGUAGAGAGAAUUGAUCCAUGACUAGAGCUCUCCAUGCUGCUCACCCUCAAGACCUCCUCUCGCAACGGCGCCCUGGCUCUUGACGAGUGCACACGCACAAAGCCAGCAUACGCAUAUCAGAAGCAUCCUCACCCGUCUCCGUCGCCGUCGCCGUCGCCGCCUCCAUCGCCGUUGUCAUCAGCUCCAGCUCGCCGUCAGAUGGACUCGCACCGGAGCCUGCCUCCCCCAGCUGCCAUGGGCCUCACCGUCACAGAUAUGACGUCCGCGGCCUCUCACGGCGGCUCCAGUGGCUCCAACGGCGGCGCUGGCAGCAUGUCUCUGCCUCCACCGCCAACGCACUCGCAUCAGCAUGUCCCUGGUGGUGGUAACCAUGGCCGUGAUGGGUGGAACCGAGACGGCCAGGACGAUGCAAUGCGCCAAUGGCUUCAGGCAAAGGUCGAAGAGGAUAAGCGCAAGCAGGAAGAGGAACGCACCCGGCAGGAAGCUCUCAAGCUCGAUCAGCGCAAGAUCGAGCAGAAGAUGCUACAAGAUACGCUCAGCUCCAAUGUCCCGCCUCACAUGGUACCUCUGGUAUUUAUAGGACUCGCCGGGCCUCAUGCUCAAUGGGCUCAGCAAUAUAUCCUACAGAUGACCCAUAAUAAUGGACACAACCCAAGUUCAAGUCCAUAUCCGGUCCAGCAACAAAGGCAUGAUCAGUAUACCCAGCAGUAUCGGCCACCGCCACCUCCACCUCCGCCUGCGUUCCAGCAGCCAUCACAGCAGCCCCCUCAACCACCACCGCCGCCGCCGCAUCCGCAGCAGCAGCAGCAGCAGCCCCUAAAUCAUAUGUCUCAGUUUCCCGAGUUUAUACCCCGUCCCAAACAGAGUCCCAUAGAAGCAUCCGAGAACCCAUCAGCAACACCAGCAGCAUCCGCAACAGCAUCAACCACAACCACAUCAUAA